CGCAGUCUUGAUGGGGAUGCGGAGAUCUUGUAUGGCGGGAACGAGGAUGACUGGGUGGACGACGUGGGGAAGUUGACGGAGAAGGGGAUGGAGGCGUUCCUCCAGAAUGUCGCGCCUGUCCGGCAGACCCUAGCCAAGCUUCGCAACAUUGCCGUAAAGAUCAAGGGGUCCCCGACCGUCUUGAUGCCUGCGUGGAACAAGCUGUUAGCGCAACUCGGGCUCAAAGCACGGGUCAUCCCUAUCGACGUCCGCACUCGAUGGAACUCUACACUCACCUUGGUUGAUACAGCUGUUGAGAUGCGCACACCC